GCGCCGGCGCCCGGGCGCGCGUUGCGGAUCGCAGCUGGCGGAGGCGAUGGCGGUGUCCGAAGCGGUGUUGGGGCGGUUGGUGACGGGUCUGUACGACGUGCAGGCUUUCAAGUUUGGAGACUUCGUGUUGAAGAGCGGCCUCUCGUCCCCCGUGUACAUCGAUGUGCGGGGCAUCGUGUCUCGACCGCGCCUUCUGAGUCAGGUUGCAGACAUUUUAUUCCAAACUGCCCAAAAUGCAGGAAUCAGUUUUGACACUGUGUGUGGAGUACCUUAUACAGCUUUGCCGCUGGCUACAGUUAUCUGCUCAACCAAUCAAAUUCCAAUGCUUAUUAGAAGGAAGGAAACAAAGGAUUAUGGCACUAAGCGCCUUGUGGAAGGAGCAAUUAAUCCGGGAGAAACCUGUUUGAUCAUUGAAGAUGUCGUCAGCAGUGGAUCUAGCGUUUUGGAGACCGUGGAGGUUCUUCAGAGGGAGGGCUUGAAGGUCACUGAUGCCAUCGUGCUGUUGGACAGAGAGCAAGGUGGCAAGGACAAGUUGCAGGCACAUGGCAUCCGGCUCCACUCGGUGUGCACGUUGUCCACAAUGCUGGAGAUUCUUGAGCGGCAGAAAAAAAUUGAUGCGGAGAUGGUUGGGAGAGUGAAGAGAUUUAUCCAGGAGAAUGUUUUCCCGACAGCUAACCAUAAAGGUUCUCUCCCUCCUGUAAAGGCAGCACCCAAAGAACUCAGCUUUGGUGCUCGUGCUGAGCUCCCCAGGGUCCACCCAGUGGCAGCGAAGCUUUUCAGGCUUAUGCAGAAGAAGGAGACCAACCUGUGUCUCUCUGCUGAUGUUUCCGAGGCUAAAGACCUGUUGCAGCUGGCAGAUGCCUUAGGACCCAGCAUUUGCAUGCUCAAAACUCACGUGGAUAUUCUGAAUGAUUUUACUCUGGAUGUCAUGAAGGAGUUGACAGCUCUGGCAAAACGCCAUGAAUUCUUAAUAUUUGAAGACCGGAAAUUUGCAGAUAUAGGAAACACCGUAAAAAAGCAGUAUGAAGGUGGUGUUUUUAAAAUAGCUUCCUGGGCAGACCUCGUCAAUGCCCACGUGGUGCCUGGCUCAGGAGUCGUGAAGGGCCUGCAAGAAGUGGGGCUGCCUCUGCACCGAGGGUGCCUGCUCGUUGCGGAAAUGAGUUCCGCGGGCUCCCUGGCCACCGGGAACUACACUAAAGCAGCGGUUAGAAUGGCUGAGGAACACUCUGAAUUUGUGAUUGGUUUUAUUUCCGGCUCCCGUGUAAGCAUGAAACCAGAAUUUCUUCACUUAACUCCAGGAGUUCAGUUAGAAGCGGGUGGGGAUAGUCUUGGCCAACAGUACAACAGCCCACAAGAAGUUAUUGGCAAGCGAGGUUCUGAUAUCGUCAUUGUAGGCCGGGGCAUAAUAGCAGCAGCUGACUAUCUGGAAGCAGCUGAGAUGUACAGAAAAGCUGCUUGGGAAGCUUACUUGAGUAGACUCGAUGCGUGAGCACUGUGGAUAAGGACGUGUGAAGGCGUUGAGGAUGCAUGGUCUCCUGAAAGCUACUGGCUUGGAAUCACCUGCAGCCCUUAAUCCUGCUUCAGUUCUUCCACAGGGCCCAUGGGCACUGAUUGCUAGAGUUCUUAUGGUCUUCAAGAAAGAGAGAGUGACUUGCAAUGGUGUGCAUUGUGACUGUAAUAAAGUCGUUUUCAA